ACGCAAAAAGGGAAAACAAAAUCCAUUCUUUAAAUUCGAGCUUUUGUUGAUCGAAAAAUGGAAGAGGAUUUGAUUAAGCGCCUUGAAGCUGCGGUUACGAGGCUUGAAGGCAUCUCAAUCAACGGAGGAGGAGGAGGAGUUGUUUCUCUUUCCCGCGGAGGAGAUUUCUCCGCCGAUGUCGCGUCGUCCGGUCCAUCGAUUAUUGCUUAUGAAGAUCUGAUUUCUCAAUGCGUAGGUAGGGCUCUGACCGCGGCUGAGAAAAUCGGUGGACCUGUUCUAGAUGUGACGAAGGUUGUCGCCGAAGCUUUUGCUUCACAAAAGGAGCUGCUUGUUCGCAUCAAGCAAACUCAGAAGCCUGAUCUUGCUGGACUGGCUGGAUUUCUAAAGCCGUUGAAUGAUGUUACAAUGAAAGCUAAUGCAUUGACUGAAGGAAAAAGGUCGGAUUUUUUCAAUCACUUGAAGGCUGCAUCGGAUAGUUUAUCUGCAUUGGCUUGGAUUGCUUUCACUGGAAAAGAUUGUGGUAUGAGUAUGCCAAUAGCCCAUGUGGAAGAAAGUUGGCAAAUGGCUGAGUUUUACAACAAUAAGGUUCUGGUGGAGUAUCGUAACAAAGACGCAGAUCAUGUGGAAUGGGCUAAAGCGUUGAAAGAACUUUACUUACCUGGUUUAAGGGAAUAUGUUAAAAGUCAUUACCCCUUGGGACCUGUAUGGAAUGCAUCAGGGAAACCUGCUAGUGCUCCUGCAAAGGCUCCACCUGGUGCACCUGCUCCUCCACCAGCACCCCUCUUCAGUGCUGAAUCUUCAAAGCAAUCAUCAUCGUCAAACCAGAAACAAGGGAUGUCUGCUGUUUUCCAGCAGCUCAGCUCGGGUGCUGUGACCUCAGGUCUUAGAAAAGAAACUCGUACCAGUAAACCGGCCUUUUCGGAAACUGGACCACCGAAAAUGGAACUUCAAAUGGGUCGCAAGUGGGCUGUUGAGAACCAAAUUGGGAAGAAGGACUUGGUUAUCAGCGAGUGUGAUUCCAAACAGUCUGUGUACAUAUUUGGUUGCAAAGAUUCUGUCUUGCAGAUACAAGGAAAAGUGAAUAACAUCACCAGUGACAAAUGCACCAAAAUGGGUGUUGUUUUCACGGAUGCUGUUGCUGCAUUUGAGAUUGUGAACUGCACCAACGUAGAAGUGCAAUGUCAGGGUUCAGCUCCCACAGUUUCUGUGGACAACACAACUGGCUGUCAGAUAUAUUUAAACAAAGACUCAUUAGAGACAGCUAUAACAACAGCCAAAUCAAGUGAGAUCAAUGUAAUGGUGCCGGGUGCUACCCCUGAUGGAGAUUGGGUGGAACAUGCACUGGCUCAACAAUACAAUCAUGUGUUUACUGAAGGGAAGUUUGAGACGACACCGGUCUCGCAUUCAGUUCUUGUUAGGAGGCAGAUAUCUCGUUUGUGCCUUCAGUGUGGUAGGUUCAUUUUUGAUGAGCUAAUAAAGAUUAGCCAUAGAUGUAUGAGGAAUGAGUUACAACGGUUCCCAGUCCUGCGAGAAGGUCUUGAACCCUCAGAAGGGAUGAUCGGGGAAUAUAUGAUUGAUAUGGAGGACACCGUUGAGCCUGAAGGGAACAUCUUCUUCCGCGAGUCAAGUGAAGGAAGUCUAGAUCGUUUUCUCGGCAGGCAGGCUAAUGCUAAUGGAAUUGUUACUGAUCAGGUUUUGUCAUUUUACAUGUUAUAUAAGUAAUUCUGUAUAUCAUCGUACACUGUGGGUUUAGCCCUAAAAUAACCAUGAGCAAAUUAG